AUGUCGCUCUUCUGCUCCAUCUCGUCCGUACAGCCCCUCCACCCCGUCGUCUCCCCCGCAGGCAACGUCUACGAGCGCGACCUCGUCGUCAAGUACCUCCGCGAGAACGACGGCAAGGACCCCAUCACCGGCGACCAGCUGGCGGAGGACCAGCUUGUCGAGAUCAAGACGGCCCCCUCGCAGCCCGCGGCGCCCCCUCGCGCACCCACCUUCACCUCCGUCCCCUCGCUCCUCCACACGCUCCAGCAAGAAUGGGACUCGACGAUGCUCGAAUGCCUCGAGCUGCGCCGCCAGUCUGCCGAGCUGCGACAAGAGCUCUCUCACGCGCUGUACAAGGAGGACGCCGCGAUGCGUGUGCUUGCGCGCGUGACGAGGGAGAGGGACGAGGCGCGCGAGGCGCUGGCGAGUGUCAAGGCCACGCUGGGACCGCAGUUCUCGACGGGCGAUGGAGCGGGCGCGGAGGAUGCGCAGAUGGAGGUCGAGCAGCAGGAGCCUGAGGGACUGCCGGCGGACGCGAGGAAGCGGGUCGAGGAGACGAGUGCGGCACUCUCGGCAACCCGCAAGAAGCGCAAGCCCUCUCCCGAAUGCGCCACCCCGGACGACGUCAAGACCUACGCCCAGAGCACUACCAUCCCCUCCCUUCACUCGACCAAGCCUCCCGGUAUCUCGGCGCUCGCGCUUGCGAAGGAAGGGAACUUGUUGGUUACUGGCGGCCUCGACAAGAACGUCAUCCUGUACGACCGCUCGACGGGCAAGAUUGUCGCGACGCUCAAGGGCCACACGAAGAAGGUCACGUCGGUCCUCGCCUCGCCCAGCCUGACCGAGGAAGGCAUCCCCACGUUCCUCGUCUCGUCGUCGCUCGACAAGUCCGUGCGCAUCUGGAAGCCCAACGGCAAGAAGACAGUCUACGAGUGCCAGGCGAACCUUGCGCUCGGAAGCGAGGUCAACCAGCUCGCGAUGCACCCGUCCAACUCGCUCGUCGCCUCGGUUCACGCCGACGGCUCGUUCGCGAUCCAUGACCUCGUCGCCGGGGACAAGCCCCACACCGUCCUCACCGCCUCGUUGCCGGAGGACGCCGCAGCCGGAACCGCCAACACGGCUGUCGCGUUCCACCCGGACGGCGUCCUCUUCGGCGUCGGCUCGUCCGAAUCGCGCAUCCGCAUCUUUGAGACUCUGACGGGCCGCCUCGCCGCGUCGUUCGAAGGGCACGCCGGCGAAUCGGACGCAGUCAAGGAGGUCGUCUCGCUCUCGUUCUCGGAGAACGGGUACCUCUUCGCCAGCGCCGCGCAGGGAUCGAAGCAAGUCAAGAUCUGGGACCUCCGCAAGUUGGUCAACUCGGCCAACAUCGAUCUCGGUGCUGAGGACGAGAACGCGGCCGCAUCGGCUGUCGCGUUCGACUACUCGGCGCAGUUCCUCGCUGUUGUCGGACAGGACGCCCGCGUGUACCAGAACAAGACGUGGGAGCUCUUGGCCAAGAACGACGACAAUGCCGCCGAGUUGACGAGCGUCCAGUGGGGCAAGGACUCGAAGGAGCUCGUCGUCGCCGGCAUCGACCGCACCGUCCGCUUCCUCUCCAAGCCCGAGUGA